AUGAUUCAUGGCCAGGCUGCCGAGAGACCUGAUGCCAACAGGAUUUCAGAAUGUGUCGCACUCAAGCUUUUGAAGGAGUUCAAUGAAGCAAGAAACAGGCCCAGAGACAACAAGGGCAAAGUCUUUGCCAUUCCUCAGGCGAUUGUGAUGACAUACAGUCACAUUAAGCAGCUGCUUGAAGACUGCAGAGAGAUACUGGAGAAGACCAACUUGGUGCUAGUUACGGUCAACAACACUACAGUGUCGUCUUGGCUUCUUGACAGGAAAACAAGAACGGGUCGAGACACCUUGCUGCAAGGAGUGCAAUUCCAUCAGCAUGUUGGUUUGGCAAAUGAGCCGCUUCCAAAGCCUAAAGAGCUCCCAUCUGCACCUGUACAACAUGGACAUGUUGCCAUUGAAUUCCAGGAGCCUGAAAAUCGGGAGGGUGAGGCAGUUAUUCGUCAGCGUAAAUAUGCACGAACUGGAACUGCAAUGUCUUCUAUUACACACACAGAGCUAGGGCUAGGAGACACAUCGCCAUUAGGCACAGGCUAUUCUUCUGCAGCAGAAGCCCAGCAACUGCCAGGGUUGCAUACCUGGCCUGGAUAUUCUGACUGGUCUUCUCCGCUGUAUCCACCACAUCAUGGUUUGUCUUUCCAUCCACCACCGGCUCCACCAAUGCCUCACGGGUGGUCUUCCCUUCCACCAGGCCAACAGCCAUCAGCACCACCACCAUACUCUCAAGGAAGGUCUUCCUUUCCGUCAGACCAACAGCCAUCAGCACCACCACCGCACUUUCAGGGAUGGUCUUCCCUUCCACCAGGCCAACAGCCAUCAGCACCACCACCACCACACUCGCAGGGAUGGUCUUCCUUUCCGCCAGGCCAACAGCUAUCAGCUCCACCACCUCCUCGGAACCGACAACGUGCUUGGAGACUGCACAAGGCAGCACUUGCGGAUCAGGAAAGUAUGGCAAGAGGGGAGCCACCAAAGAAGCGUUACACUAAAGAACAUUACCAUUAUCAGUGUAAAGCAUGUGGGCACUCAAAGAGCAAACUUACUGGACAUUCCCAGGUUAAAGGAAAGUGGUAUUGUCCAGCAUCUGGUCAGACCAUUACAGAGUGGAAAGACUCUUUAACUCUUUAAGUUUUAUUUUGUCUUUAUUUUAAUAUAGAA